ACAUUGACAUCAUUCGGUCUCUCUCUCCCCUCUUCUGCGUUCUUUUGAGCCCUAAUUCGUCACGAUUCAAUUGUGAUCCGUCGUAUCCAAACGCUGCGACUUUCCGGUACUUUCUCGGAGAGUCUUGAUUUUGUCUUAAUUUCAAUUUCCUUGAGAAAUCAGAAGGCAGAAAGGGAAUUCCGAUAGAAAAAGAGGGAGAAGAAGAAGAAUGAGCUUCCAGGAUCUGGAGGCCGGGAGGCCGUCGGCUUCGUCUAGGCGGGGGAUGAUUAACGGCAAGCAAGACGCCACUCAGGCCGUGGCCUCCGGUAUCUUCCAGAUCAACACCGCCGUCUCUACCUUUCAGCGCCUCGUUAACACCCUAGGCACUCCAAAGGACACCCCCGAGCUACGAGAGAAAUUGCGCAAGACAAGGCUACACAUAGGACAAUUGGUGAAAGAUACUUCCUCUAAACUCAAGCAAGCCAGUGAAACGGAUCAUCAUGCAGAUGUUAGUCAAAGCAAAAAAAUUGCAGAUGCUAAACUUGCAAAAGAUUUUCAAGCAGUUUUGAAAGAGUUUCAGAAGGCUCAACGGCUUGCAGCAGAGAGGGAAACAUCAUAUACUCCUUUUAUUCCUCAGGCUGUUCUUCCUUCCAGCUACACUGCAAGUGAGAUAGGCAUAAGUUCGGAUAAGAGUCAAGAGCAGCGUGCCCUUCUUGUGGAAUCUAGAAGGCAAGAUGUUUUGCUAUUGGACAAUGAGAUAGCCUUCAAUGAGGCUAUCAUUGAGGAAAGAGAUCAAGGAAUUCAAGAAAUCCAGCAACAGAUUGGUGAAGUGAAUGAGAUAUUUAAAGAUCUCGCUGUGCUUGUCCAUGAGCAAGGAACUAUGAUUGAUGACAUUGGUUCCCAUAUUGAAAGUUCCCAUGCUGCAACCGCUCAGGGGAAAUCCCAACUUGUUAAAGCUUCGAAAACUCAAAGAUCAAAUUCAUCUCUGACCUGCUUGCUCUUGGUUAUCUUUGGCAUCGUGCUUCUAAUUGUGAUCAUAGUACUUGUGGCUUAGUCCAAAAGUACUAUUGAUUUGAUCUCAAAUCAGAUUCAAUGUACUGCUUGGCAACGAGAUGGUAAUUAUCUUUGGUUGUGUUGUUUUAAAAGACGUCAUGGCUGACUGGAUUGUCAGUACAACUCGGAAAUGAAGUAUAUAAUGUAUAAGUAUCGACAUAUAAUGCAAGUUUUUUUUUCUUCCUCAUUUGGUGGGGAGUGCGUGCAUCUUUUGAGUAAUUUGGCAUCAAGGGUUGUUUUUUGAAGGGUGUUUACAGCUUGUUGUAAUGGUCUUUGGCAUCUGUUUAUCAUAACGAAUUCUUGUCAUUCGUUCGGCUUUAUCGUGUAUGCAACUCCUUUUCUUUCCCCUA